GCCGAAGACAUUGAAUUUGAGCAGAAGAUGGCGUCGACACCGCUUCCCACCAAAGUUGGCGAUUACAAGAAUCAUCCGCUUUAUGUCCUUAAAAAGGAUUUACUGAAAUUUCAAGGCAUAUACCCGUCGGACGCACCGCCUCUCGGCUUCUUCAGAGGCGAACCGGUUUACGCGCGAGAAUGCGUCCAAUUAUUGCGGUCGAGAGAGACGUGGCUUAGGUUUGCCCGCACUGUCAAAGACGGCGAGACUCCCUAUAAAUGUGUCAAAUCGAGACCAAAAUGGGAUAAAUACGCGAAAGUUUUACGGAAAGAUUUGCCGCUCGAUGUGUUCGGCGAGUGGCAGACAGUGCCGUACGAUCCCCCGCAGGCCAGAGACGGCAAAGUGCCGCGAAAUAACUUUGGAAACGUUGACCUCUAUCAGCCCUCUAUGUUACCCAAAGGCUGUGUUCACAUUCAAUUGCCGGGACUCUUACGCGUGGCAAACAAGUUGAACAUAGACUGCGCGCCCGCUAUCGUGGCCUUUGAUAAUAAUUGCGGCGGAUUUGGCGCACAUCCUGUUAUGGACGGGUAUAUUGUGUGCGAGGAAUACAAGCAAACUCUGUUAGAGGCCUGGGAUGAGGAACAGGAGAACAUCCGAAAGCGAGAGAUUGAGAAGAAGGAGAAACGAGUUCUCGACAACUGGAAGAAAUUGAUUAAAGGUUUGCUCAUAAGAGAGAAUCUGAAGAAAAAGUAUAGCAAUCGCGAAGAGAAUAGCGAAGAGACAGACAUUGAGAGCGAUAAUUAA